AUGUCUUAUUCACCACCCGACUCCGCUAAGCCCUUCACUCUCAAUGUCUCUGACCAAGACGUUUCGGAAUGGCGUCAACUUCUCCAGCUCUCCAAGCUGGCCCCUGAAACUUGGGAAGGACGACAGGAAGACCGCCGCUUUGGCGUGUCCCUCAAGUGGCUUUCUGAUGCAAAGGACUACUGGCUGAACAAGUACGACUGGCGCGCACAGGAAAAACACAUCAACUCGUUCCCGAACUACAAGAUGCAGAUUGAGGACGUCGAUAUGCAUUUUGUCGCCCUUUUCUCUGAGAAGAAAGACGCCAUCCCCAUCAUCUUCAUGCAUGGAUGGCCAGGAAGUUUCCUCGAAUUUUUGCCCAUGUUGGCGUUGAUCAAGGAGCAGUAUUCAGCCAAGGACCUACCAUACCACAUUGUCGUACCCUCGCUGCCCGGCUACACUCUUAGCACUGUGCAGUCGAUCGAGAAGGACUGGACUAUGGCAGACAGCACUCGCGUCAUGCAUCAACUGAUGCUGAACCUGGGCUUCAACAAGUACCUCGCCCAGGGAGGGGACGUAGGCAGUUUUACGGCGCAGUUGAUGAGCACUACAUACGACUCCUGUUUAGGAUUACACCUGAACUUGAUGAGUGGUCUCUCGAAACCAGACGAAAAUACCCCUAUGAAUGAGAUAGAGAAGAAGGCGCUGGGUUGGGCAAAGCAAUGGCAGACCAGCGGAACGGCCUAUGCCCAAGAACAUGGCUCGAGACCCAGUACGAUUGGGAAUGUAUUGGCAUCGAGCCCGCUCGCACUCCUUGCAUGGAUCGGCGAGAAGUUCCUUGAGUGGAGCGAUGAGGAUCCAUCUCUUGACGAGAUACUCACUGAUGUGUCGCUCUACUGGUUCACCGAAAGCUUUGCUCGUUCGAUUUAUCCGUAUCGUGCGCUUUUCGGAUCCAGUGCCAGGGACAUUGAGAUCCCUAAAAAGCCCCUCGGUUACUCGUUCUUUCCAUGCGAACUGGCUCCAGGUAUCAAGAGUAUCUUGGAGAAAGAAACAAAUCUGGUGUUUUACAAGCAGCACGAAAGCGGCGGUCAUUUUGCUGCUUUGGAAAAACCGAAAGAGCUCUGGGAGGAUGUCCAGGAGUUUGCUGGCAAAGUUUGGAAGGUAUGA